AUGUUAACGAAUAAAGGCAUCGGCAAACCAUUUUCUCACACAGAAGAUCUCAAACACUUUAUUGCCCAUGUUCGACUGUCUUUUCGACUGUUCGUCGAUCAUACACACGGUUACGUACCAGCAAACCUCAAGGGUCAACUGAUUAUGCUGGUGCACAAGGUUGAUGCUAAAAGACUCGUUCUAAUCCCUUCAAAAGAACGUCAUUAA